AUGGAUUAUAGUGACUUUAACGAGAAAAACUCUGCUUUCCGCUUUGCUGAUGUGGGUACGUUACCAAAACGAAUGAUGGCACCAAUCGAAGGCUAUGAGAAAGUAGCACUUGUAACACUUGAGGAAGCUGUGAAACCUCUUGUCGACAUUGUGCCUAAAGUCGAACGAAAUGUAUUCAUUGUCAAACAAAACUGUCAAGAGCCAGAAGAUGGUUUAACAAUUGAUGAAUCAGCUUCAAUAAUGCUUUACACCUAUGAAUCAAUGCCACGUGAAGACUCCCUGUACGUAAAGCUUAAUGCAACUUUACGGUCUGAACAAAGAAAAAAUUUAAUUCCAUGGUUUCUCUAUCUUCGGCUCAUACUAACAGCGCUUGCUCGUCUUCCAUCAGAGCGUUCUUUUGUUUUUCGAGGAGUUAGAGAAAAUUUGUGGACUGACUAUCCACUAGGCAAGAUUUUCAUUUGGUGGGGGUUUUCAUCAUGCACUUCAUCAGUCGAAGUGUUGGAGAAUGAACAAGUUUUUGGGACAACUGGAAACAGAACUCUAUUUCGAAUAGAGUGUACUGCAGCAAAGAACAUUAAAAAACAUUCAUUUGUUACCGGUGAAGACGAAACACUUUUAUUACCUGCCAGACAAUUUCAAGUCAUAUCUAGUUUCGAUUCUGGCAACGGACUUCACAUUGUGCAAGUUAGAGAACUGAAACCGCAGUUCGAUCUUCUUGAACCUGUUUCACUGUCAAGUCCAUCAGUCAAACACAAAAAAGACUCGCAAAUGAAGCCUCAACCAAUACCAGUAAGAGUAAUGGUUGCAGGUAAACCUAUUGCUGAAGCGAUGGAAGAGCAAUUAGCGACAAUGCAGCUAAACGUGAAUACCAAGUUACGAGGUCAGUAA